AUGAAUGACUCGUUAACCAAACGGAACGCAUUCAGGUAUGAGAUUUGUACAUGGAGUACGCAUAGAGGUACAGUGGGCCGAGGUGGCUAGGCCUUGAUCCUAACAUGAAUUCUCCGACGGUUGCUUUGAUGGAGGUUUGGAGGUGAACACAUACACGUCACUCGUCACAAAGACCCCCGCUUCAAAAACCGCGGAGCAUUCAUCGCGUUACCUCAACUUUGGACGCGUCUCGCGUGGGGUCUUGGACUCCAACAUUUCCAACCAUUACCACCACCGCCAUCAAUGUUAUGAGGAUUGUCCCUGCCAGAGCAAUGUCUACUACCCAACAUUCUACUGAUUCCUUGAUUGAGUUUGGUUUAUAGAAGGAUUCUACCUUGCAACAAGAUGCAUUAUGGCGCCAUCGGCCCCGCGAGGUGAGUCUCACCAAGUUUGCCCCAAAUCCGCAACUAACGACUAUUUUGCCAGCAUCUGCCGAACGGCCACUUCAAGGCGCAGUCCUAUGUUUUACUUCCGUGAGCCCGGAAGAACGAGUCAGAUGGCACUUUCUCUCCUACAAGUCCCUUGUGCGCUGAUUGUUAUCUAGACUCAAUAUGCAGAGAUUGCUCUACAGAUGGGCGCCGAACACAAGCUGGACCUCACCUCAGACACUACCCAUUUGAUUGUCGGUAGUACAGAUACGAUGAAGUACAAAUAUGUUGCCAAAGAGCGGGAAGACAUCAAGGUAUUGCGCCCUGAAUGGAUCGAGGCAGUCAGGGACCGGUGGAUGAACGAUCGCCCAAUGAAUCUCCAAGAGCUUGCUGGCAAGUUUCGAGUGCCAACGUUGGCCGGCCUCAAAAUAUGCAUCACCGGCUUCGAGGAUCUUCUCUUUCGAGCCCAAUUGCAGAAAAAUGUCAUCGAGAAUGGAGGAGAGUAUACCGGAGACCUCACCAAGGAUGUGACGCAUCUCAUUGCGGCCAGUGCCCAAGGCAAGAAAUAUGAAUACGGAAUGCAAUGGCAGAAAAAAGUCGUCAGUCUGCAGUGGUAUAAAGACAGCCUUGAAAGAGGCAUGCAGCUCGACGAAACUCUGUAUCAUCCAACAACCCCGCCGAAUGAACAAGGCUUGGGUGCUUGGAACAGGAAACCCAGGUCGAUAUCAUUCACAGAGAAGCGGCCCAGAGACGAGCCCGCCGGUCCGGAGCCUUCGAGGAAGCUUCGUCGUACGGCAAGUGCCAGGCUAGGGAGCCAAAACCAGAGUCUAUGGACAGACAUUGUCGGUGGCUCUGAGCAUGACGAGACACAUUCUUCACGACCGGAUUUGAAAGCGGCCGUGUCCAUGCCUGACCUUAGCAAGGAUGGCCUCACACGCGGGGCAACCAGAGUGAACAAAGCCAAAGGUGAUUACUCGAACAAGUCAAACGCUGGCUUCUUCUACAAUUGUACCUUCUCGAUAUACGGCUUCGACGCUAAAAAGCGAGUUCACCUUCAAAACAUCUUGGUCCAGAACAGUGGAACGAUCAUUGAAGACUUGACUCAGAUGGAUCCGGAUGAUUUAGCUCGAGCACUGAUCUUGGUUCCUCAUGACAUUGGCAAAGCGAACAAAACUGCACUUCGACUUCCCCAGGCUACCACACCGAUUGUGUCUGAGUUUUGGUUGGAAAGGUGUAUGUUGGAAAAGACCUUUAUCGAACCUCACAAUUACACUCUCGGGCAGGUUCUCAUGGAACCAGCUAUACCUGGCAUGACGGAUCUCAGCGUCAAUGCCACUGGCUUUGACGGACUCGAAACAAUGCAUAUAUCCAAGAUCGUCAAACUUGUCGGAGGCAAAUAUGUUGAAGUGUUUACAGCUAGCGUGUCGAUUCUGAUCUGCAAGGGCAGAGAUGUCAAUAAUGAGAAGCUGCAACUAGCACGACAUUGUGGUAUUCCCGUGGUGACGGCAGAGUGGCUUUACUCCACUAUCAAAUCUCGGCGAAAGGCUGUGAUAAAAAACUAUCUUAUCCAGGACCUGGGAAAGCAGGGUUCAGGCUCUAGAGCAGUAGCGGGAAAGAGUUCAAAGCAGGAGGCAGCAGAAAAAGAAUAUGUCGAGGUCAGCACCAUUCCCAUCCAGCGAAAGAAAGGACACCAUGAAUUAGAGCAAGCACGGGGACAGCAAAUUGCGGGCAAAGCAAAGGUUGACACAGGCACGCGCACAAAAGCAGACGGCUCAUGGGUCCAUGUCCACACAGAUCCCGAGCACAGUCUCACAACAGAUUCUGGAAAGACAUCAUUUCCAUCAGAGAGCAGCGGCACCGGAUCUGGCAACGAUGGACAACGGACGGCGACUGGAGAAGUCUCAGAACAUUCACCACUUCAAGAAAUCUCUUCAAACUCUCCUGGUAAGAAGACGGUGGGUCCAGGCUCGAGGAUGCCCUCAUCAGGUUCGCAGAUAGGAUCAUGUGAUGAGGUCAACAGCCUGACAGAGCCGAGACAAACACUUGAUGACGAACCUACAUCCAAAGGACGAAAUCAAGAAGUUAUGCAAGGCGCCGAAGUGGGGACCGGUAGUGUCCAGGCGAUCAACGGAGCGAUCCGAGAACUUUUGGAGCAGCAAGCGAAAAAGAGCCAGUCAAACAACAAAGAGAGCGACAAAGCAGGGAAGAAGGGACGGCUGGUCGGGAGAGCAUUGAGCAACCUGUCAAAUUCCUCGAUAACGUCGAAAAGAUGCUCUCGUGCGAGCUCGGUUGAUAGCAUGAACACGGACGGGAUGGGCAGUGAGAUUGUAUCAUUGCAAUCCAUCAAGGCCAGUCGAGAGAUGGGAUCAGGGGGUGAAAAGGGAGGGUUCAGCUUCAUGGGUCGGGCAAAGUCGACCUUGAGCGGCUACAAGCCAAUAAAAUAUGGAACGGAAGAUCCGCACAUUGGAAACAGACCGGAUGAGAUGGAUAAUGUGGGGCCACCGAUGACCCAGCUUGGAUAUGAAGAUCCCGAGGAAGCAGUGGCACUGCGAGAGAAGCUUGCCGAGUCGAGGAGAAAGCGGUCAAAGCUGGGUCAGAAGGAUGAUGAUCCCAAGCCUCGAGCUCAGUCCAAGAUACAGCGAAAGAUUCAAGAUGAUGAUGUGCUGGUCGGGGGCGCAGGGUGGGGGGCAGGGAGGCGGACAAGAAACAAACCCAGAGGUGCUCCGGAUCAAGACAUGACCAAUUUUUGAAGAUGUGUUGUGCCUAUGUCGUUGGAUGAGAAAGAGACAUGAAUAUUGUCAAACCCGCCUUGCCGAGUGUGCUAGUGGAACCAGGGACAAUGAAUACGGGAGUAUCUCGAGAGCCUGAUCAACGCACAUCAAAGCCAAGACCAGUGACUACAUACAUACAUACAUACAUACAUACAUACAUACAUACAUACAUACA